ACCAGUCGGUCAGCCAUUCAACAAUAAUGUCAGCUUGAAGGGCAGUCAGAGAGUUUUUCAAUUUUCGACUAAACCCCAACUAAAUUAUACAGUGGCCGCUGCGCGGUGCGGAGAAAUGAACUCUGGACCACCGGAAAAACCCGCAAAAACCAUCGCAGCUCCAUCCUGUCCCAAAUCAGAAAUUUAUUCUAGAACUCCAAAGGAGGCACUCAAAAGAAGUGAGAUGUUCCGGGAACAAGUCGAUGGCCAGUUUGUGGCCGGCGCGCCCCUCUCGCAGCAAGCGAGCGCACUCCAGAGGGAGCUCCAUGCAGAGGACCAGCAACAAGCGCAAGAAACCGAGCGAAAGUACAGCGGAAAAGCCGCUGAAAAAGAGGAAUCGGCGGUCCAAAAGGCAGCGAACCAGCAAAAGGGCGGAGCACAUUCUAAGUGCGUCAAAGCCGGCAGAAGAGCCCGAGAAAAGCGAGUACCAAAAGCGGCUCGCCUGCUUGGCGAAGUUCGGUAAGAACUUCUACUGCGCGUCCGUAAAACCGAGAUCCGGCUUAAGGCCGAUCUACAUCGACGGCAGCAACGUGGCCUUCAGUCACGGCCAGAAUGAGCGCUUCUCCGUCCAAGGCUUGCAGAUCUGCAUCGACUAUUUCCGAAAGCGGGGUCACGAAGUGAAGGCUUUCGUGCCCCACUUUCGGCUCAGAAAGGGCAAAACUACCGAUCAGAAGCUAUUGCACCAACUGGUGACCAAGAAGCUGGUCAUCAUCACGCCCACUUUGUAUAUCCAAAACCAGCGGCGAAGUCCCUACGACGACUGGUAUAUAAUCCAAUCAGCAGCGGCCAAUGGAGGCAUCGUCGUUUCCUCGGACAGCUUCGCAGACAUCGUCAAGUGGAACCCAAAUCUUCGACCGAUCGUUGAAGAACAGCGCCUCGUUCCCACUUUCGUCGACGACAUGAUCAUCUUCCCGGUGGAUCCGCACGGCAACAGGAAAAACAACCUGGAGCAGAUGCUUAAAUUUUAAACAAUAUUCCUACCUAUUUGUGAUUGUUCCCACACAAAUAAAACGUAUCGUGCACACUUUCCGAGCUGCAUUCUCGUAAUAAAUUUGCAAGAUAACCAGCUAAUCAGUGGAAAAAUACUCUCACAAACAAAAGUCUCAUUACAUUACCUAAACGAUUAAACUAAGUUCAGUUGAGCAACUGGCGCCUAAUCAGGCAGACGGCAAGCAGCGUUUUUAACGCAAAAAAAUCAGUAAAAAAAGUAAAACAGCAAAAUGGAACCUGCAGAAAUAGUGGCCCUAGCAAUUGGGAGGCCGCAGUGGGGGAGCGAUGAAAGCUUAACAAAGGGCGACCUGCUGAGACUAUCGGGCGUCAGACUGUACCAAAUAUGGAAUUAUCUGCCUGAAGAGCUGAAAAAUGACGAGGAAUUGCAAACUCAUCUACCCUGCUUGGAGCACUAUAAUCGCGAUGAGGAUCAGGUCCAUAUUGACGGCCCGCCGCAGGCGAAAUUCAGGUGCAGAGUGUGUAGGCAGUUGCGCCAGCGAUCGAACGCACAAACUUAGAUCUUAAAGGUCUUAUAGAAAACAAAAAACUAUUAUAGGUGCUAUUCACUAUUGUUAAUCGGCAGCGUCCUCAGCGGAGGCUUUGGGCGUCAGGCCUCUAAUAGAUAUAUCAUAGACGA